AUGGCACGAGCGCCGUCAGCAAGGGGUGAUUUGGUUGUCUUCGGCGGAUCGGUCUCUUUCGGCCGCGGGAGCAGGCGCGCGUGGACCGAGUACCUGGACGAGGAGAUGAACAUCUCCUCGACCGUGUGGGCGCACCCCGCGGUGUUGCCGAACUACUUUCAGAGCUGCAUGCGUCGGUACCUACGACCGGACACGGCGAGUGUGCUUAUCGAGUUUGAGCCCAACUUGCAGGCUGCCAGUUGUACCAACGCGGUGACCGGGCUCGUGCGCAGCGUGCGCGCUAUAGCGCCCUCUGCUUCCAUUCUCUUUGUCGGUUGGCCAAGCCUCCGCCUUCCCUUCCGCGCGUGCGAAGCUGCGUUGGAGCGCGAUCUGAGACAAGAGAAAGCGGACAAGGUGUUCGCAUCGCCGCUCCGGCGGAUGGCCAACGCGACUGCUUACUACGCCGACGACACACACCCGAACGACGCCGGAGGGCGGUAUCUGGCCCACGCCGUCGCUUCAUUCCUUCGGGCGAAAGCGGCCGCUCCGCCGCGAACCGGCUCCGGCGCCGGUACGCCUUCGCCUCCUCUCCCAGCCACCGCCGCGCGGACAGAGGAGGUGUGCGAAGGAGCCGGCGCGCUGAACGCCACUGCGCGUGGGUGGACGCUGGUGGGUCCUUCCGAUCACGAGCACUACGAGUCGACCACGAUUGGAGCGGCGCUGGACGUGCCGGUCCUUCCCCUUGGGGCAUGUGCGGCAGCGACGGUGGAGCUCAGCUACACGCGCAGCUGGAGAACGGCUGGGAGCUUCUGCAUAUCGUGCAAUGGGUGCAUGUGCGGACGUCGGCAAGGGCAGUGGGCGCGUGCGGCGCACCCUUUCCCGUGCGUAUCCACGCUCUCGGCGACGAUCUCAACCCAGACCUUCAAGACCUCCUUCAACGUGCUCACGAACGGGAGCGGCCGGCCUUGCGUCGUGCGGCUCGUGCACAGAUCAAACAAGACACGGGUGCACGGGAUGUCGGUUCGGCGGUGCGUCAACGGCUUUGAUGCGCGGCGCCUGCGGUGGAACACGUCGGGAACCUGCGCGCGCGUAUGCGAGGACUAA